GGACCCAGCUUCCUUCACCUCGCAGCCACACAGGGGAAGAGAAGUAGCAGGACAGACAGACAAGCAGCGCUGGCUGCGGAGAGAGGAGCUGGGCCGGCUGGAGGGGGAGCUGGCGGCUGCUUCAGGGGCCACGGGGGCAUCACUGACCCAGCAGCGGCAGCGUUGCCAAGGCGACUCAGCUCCCAGGACCAUCAUUUACUACUGUGCAUGGGCUCAGCCACGUCUUGGCUCUGCAGGAUCUGGGGCGGGUGGGACGGCCCCCCUAAGACUACUUCUUCAACUGUGAAGCCGAGGUUUGGUAUCUGGGCUCGUGCAGUUGAGACGGCUGAUGUGGUUUGUGGGAAAUGCUCCCGUGGCCGGAUGCAGAAGGCAGACGCCCAGUUUGUGGUACUUUGUGAUGACAGCCCCAGGAAACGAACACAACAGAGAAAAACUGCAAAGGUACACCACCACCACCAGCAGAUGUAUAUGGGAAUGCUGCGUUUGCUCUCAGGAGCAGAAACCUGGGAAGGUUUCACAUACUCAUCAAUAGGAACAUGGAUUAAUAAAUUAUGGUAUCAUAAGAAAACAGAAGCAGUGAAAAGGAAGACAUUACAGCAACAUGCCACGACAUGGAUGAAUCUCGGCGGUAAAUAUUCAGAAUCCAGAAAGAAAAAGACAACUACAAGCAUAACCAAGUCCCAUUCCCGUGGGCGGAAGGGAGACGAGACAGAGCCACCGCAGUGCCUGGGAGUCCUGUCCUCCAGCAUCGAGGUUAUUUCUGAGUUUCCACCUCCUGGAAAACGUGGUGAUGGGGAAAUGCCAUGUCACACUUACGCACGAAUCCUCCUAAGGGUGAGCGGCGACGCGGACGUGACCUCGCUGGAGCAGAGCCUCUGUCUGUACAGAUGAGGGCGAAUCACACUCCAGAAAGCACGGCCCACUUGUGUUCCCACCAGCAGCACAUCCGUGUGCCUGCUUCCGGAAUCUUCAGGAACACAAAGCGUUACCAUUUAGGGGAGAAAAAUCCUUCCCAUCUUGUGCAGCCACAAGGUGCACGUUACCAAUGUUCUUAUUUCGCAUUUCUUUAGCAAUAUGUGAGGCUGGACCUCUUAUAUUUGUUCAUUGUCCUUUCCAGUUUUUCUUUUGUGAAUACUUGCUUGGAUCUUUGACCAUUUUUUUUUUGUUGGGGUGGAGACAUCGGGCUGCCUUCUCAUUGAUCUGUAAGGGUAUUUUAUACUUGAAGCAUGAGCACAUUGCUAUGGUGAUUAAUCAGUAACUGAACCAAAGCACUCCAUGGUCUCUGACUGUGAACUUGGUCGAACGUCUCUGGCCCCUGGAGGAUGCUGGGCCCGGCACCCUGGCUCUGGAAGCUGCUCUGCGGCGGCCUGUGUGCCCGGCAAGCUCCGGGUGCCGCAGGGCAAACACGCGGGCGGGAGGGGCUCUGAACAGACGCCCCCUCUCACUGUCCCCUGCUCCAACGGCCUCUUCCUCAGCGCACAAAAGCAUGAAGACGUUCACGGGGGUUAACAAGCCACACAUUAUGCUUCCAGAAUUAUUUGACAUUUGGAUUGCCCUGAAGUGUGAAAGGCUCCCAUUGUGUCCAGACUCACAUGCGCCACGAGCUCUCACGGUGUCCUGGUUAGAAGGCUGCUUUUCCUUUCCAUCCUUACAUUACAAGCACUAUCCUCUUGGAGUCGGAGGACAACGUUUCAGUUAUACAACCAGAAAAGAGCAAUUUGUGCACGGGCGUCAAGUCAAUGGAUCAUUAAUCCUCCUACACCACACUUGGAGCCUAUGUGAGGAUUCCGCAGAGGCUUCUUUCCCCACACACGGGUUAACUGGAGGCUCCGCUUGUUAGCAGUGAAAAGGAGGCCUCACGUCGAGAGGAUGGAUGGGCAGAGGGAGCACAGAGCAGAGCAGGAGAGAGGAAAGGGAGAAGCGCAGGGAAAUGUCCUGCCCUCCUUGGAGGUCAAUGUAUGACCCCUUUUAAAAGAGGAAGCCAUAAAUUUUCA